CCUGCUUCCCUAAGACUCUAUUAAUCACAGCGAGCGCGCCUUCCGCACAGCUGCUCUACCUCCGACUACUUCACUCUCAUUUUCCACUGAGCAGGUUCUCAUUCAUUCAUGAUUGGUACUCAGCCCCAGUCCCAUGCCUCCCGGGAGACCCACCCCAUGCCUCCCGAACUGGAGUUUAGUAUGCACGGGGAGGGGAGGUGUUGAGACUCAGCCCCACAGGCGGCUGGCUGCCUGGCUCGAACCAUCAUCGGGGACCGGAGUAAGGAUUAGCCCGAUGUGUCGAUGGGGCUGAGCUCCAGUAAAUAUUUUGAUGCAUCUGCUUUCAGCCCUGGUCUGAGGGAAUCUACCUGGCAUUAUCAUUUGAUGGGGAGCUGUUUUGAAUGAUAACAGAGCAGCUGCUUGUGUGAGUCAGUGCAUGUGUGUUGACUGAAGAGGAGAAAAAAAAAUCUCCAAACCCAACGUUUGCUGAAUACCAAGCUGCAGUGUUGGCUGCUCCUUUUUCUUUUCUUUCUUUCUUUUCCUUUUCCUUUUUCUUUUUCUUCUUCUCCUUUUUUUUAGUAGACAAACCAAACUGAUCUCUUUCUAAAAGAGGGGGAGGGGUGGGGGAGGGAGGAGAACCAAAGUCACACACAAGUACCAGUGAUCAUGGGGGCUGUGAUGGGCACCUUCUCCUCUCUGCAGACCAAACAAAGGCGACCCUCCAAAGACAUCACCGGCUGGUAUUACCAGUAUCAGAGAGAUAAAAUUGAGGAUGAGCUAGAGAUGACCAUGGUGUGCCAUCGGCCUGAGGGACUGGAGCAGCUUGAGGCACAGACCAACUUCUCCAAGAGGGAGCUGCAAGUCCUAUACAGAGGCUUUAAAAAUGAGUGUCCCAGUGGGGUGGUUAAUGAAGAAACAUUCAAACAGAUAUACUCCCAGUUUUUCCCACAUGGAGAUGCAAGCAUGUAUGCUCAUUAUCUCUUCAAUGCCUUUGAUACCACUCAGACGGGUUCUGUAAAGUUUGAGGAUUUUGUAACUGCUCUGUCGAUCUUGCUGAGAGGAACCGUCCAGGAGAAACUGAGGUGGACAUUCAAUUUGUAUGACAUCAAUAAGGACGGCUAUAUCAAUAAAGAGGAGAUGAUAGAUAUCGUCAAGGCCAUUUAUGACAUGAUGGGGAAAUACACUUAUCCUGUGCUCAAAGACGACACUCCAAGACAACACGUAGAUGUAUUUUUCCAGAAAAUGGACAAGAACAAAGAUGGUGUUGUGACUUUAGAUGAAUUUCUUGAAUCCUGUCAAGAGGAUGACAACAUCAUGAGAUCCCUUCAACUCUUUGAAAAUGUCAUGUAAUCAUAAGUUAGUGAGUGAGACAUCUGGAUGUCAGAGACAUUGUACCAGGAAAAACAAACAAACUCUAGAAACUGAGCAGUCCCCAGUUCAGAUUUUCCACACCAACUCUGAGCAGAAAAGCUUUUAAAGAAGAACUUUGGGAGCAUUUACCACUGGAUAAUUCCUAUGGACACCCACCACCUGCCACGGUCUCAGAAUGCUAAGAAGCCUGCCUAUUCUUUCUUCUGUUUCUCAAGAGACAAUGAUGGGACUUUAUUUCAUUUCAAAAGCAUGUGAAUCUCUUCAGGCCACUGCCACCAUGGACAGAUCCCUCUGCUCAAAGCUUUAUUGCUAGUGCACAGUAAUCUGUGUGUGCUCCCACAUGCCCCCAACUCAAAGGCUCCCACACUCAAUGAUGCCAGGAGCACUGAGUGGUGAGCUUGCUCUGCUGUUUGCCUGCUGUGCGUGGAAACUACUCAGCUCAUCCUUCAAUGUCAUCCUGUACCAACAUGCCCUUUCAUUUAAACUAAAAAACAAAAAUUUGUGCAGUAAGGCAAAACCAGGGCUAUAUUCAGAAAACCAGCAUCAGAUUGAUUCUCUUUCCAGUCCUUUGAGGGUGGGUUCGGUUGAUUAAAAAUGACAUAUUCUCAUGACCCAAAUUCCUUUGAUGUUUCCACACACAAGGGCCAUUUACACAGUUCUCUGCCUAGCAUCCAUGAUGGCAAUUUAGUCCUCCAUCUUUCCUGGGAGGAAAAGGAGGGGAUAAACUGGACUAUGGUAUGACCUAUGGCACACACUAGUGCUCUCUGUAGCAGCAUUUCCUCCUACCCCAACGCCCAGCACUGCAUGUCCCACCCAGCUGCCCUUGCCCAAGGUCGUCUCUAGAUCCUUGUAAUUUUAUACCAUGUUCUAAUCAAUAAACAUGACUGUUUCUUA